ACUGUCGUCGAGGUAACACCGCUGCUGGCAGGCUCCAACUUCCGGUACCAGGUCGAUUAAAGUUUUUUUCUAACAGUGUUUCCGGCAACCGCGUGUGUUGUACUGCCGUUUUUGUGCAUUUUCUUCGGAGCAAGUGCCGAGUGUCGUGUAAUUGGUGUGUUUUUGUUUUGCCUUUCUCCUGUCAAAACCCGUGUAAUACCGGUUCUGUGCGUUCUGUAAUUUUUCCCUUUCACUAGCCGUAAAGUGAACGUCAAACGAAACGAUGGCUCGUCUGCUAGCUCGUCUCUAUAAAGCGGCCCCCACGCAAAGUGGCUCGUCGUCGCUCCUUCCGGCGGUGUCAAUGGCAACGACGCGAUCUCGCAGCACCGAUACGCGCAUUCAAGCCGUCAAGCCUGUGGUCGAGAUGGACGGCGACGAAAUGACCCGCAUCAUCUGGCAGUUCAUCAAGGAAAAAUUGAUCUUCCCCUACGUGAAGGUCGAGGCACUUUACUAUGAUCUAGGCCUACCGUACCGGGAUCAAACCAACGAUCAGGUGACGAUCGAUGCAGCGCACGCUAUGCUCAAGCACAACGUUGGCAUCAAGUGUGCAACGAUCACGCCCGACGAGCAGCGCGUCGAGGAGUUCAAGCUGAAGAAGAUGUGGCUGAGUCCGAACGGCACGAUCCGUAACAUUCUCGGCGGUACGGUGUUCCGCGAGCCGAUCAUUUGCAACAACAUUCCCCGCAUCGUGCCCGGCUGGACGAAACCGAUCGUUAUCGGUCGCCAUGCGCACGGCGACCAGUACAAAGCGCAGGACUACGUCGUGCGCAACCCUGGCACAGUGAAGCUGGUGUACAACGGGGAUGACGGCAGCUCGGAAGAAAUUUUGGUGUACAAGUACAAGGCGCCCGGUGUGGCACUAGCCAUGUACAAUACGGACGAAUCGAUCAGCGACUUUGCGCACUCCUCGUUCCAGGUGGCCCUGGCCAAGGGCUGGCCGCUAUACCUGUCCACCAAGAACACGAUUCUCAAGCGUUAUGAUGGUCGUUUUAAGGACAUUUUCCAGGAUAUUUAUGAAAAGAACUACAAGAAGCAAUUUGAAGACGCCAAGAUCUGGUACGAACACCGGCUGAUCGAUGAUAUGGUGGCGCAGGCGCUUAAAUCGUCCGGUGAGUUUGUGUGGGCCUGCAAAAACUACGACGGUGACGUGCAGUCGGACAUCGUUGCCCAGGGCUACGGUUCGCUCGGUCUGAUGACGUCGGUGCUGGUGUGUCCCGACGGCAAAACGAUCGAAUCGGAGGCUGCCCAUGGUACCGUUACGCGUCAUUAUCGUGAACACCAAAAGGGACGCCCCACCUCCACGAAUCCGAUUGCGUCGAUCUUCGCGUGGACGCGCGGCUUAGAGCAUCGCGCCAAGCUUGACAACACUCCAGAUCUGGGCCGGUUUGCCCUGGCUCUCGAAAAGGCUUGCGUCGAUACGGUCGAGUCGGGCAAGAUGACCAAGGACUUGGCCUUGUGCAUUCACGGUUCGCGCAAUCUGAAAGACAGCAUGUACCUGAACACGCAGGAUUUCCUGGAGGCCAUCUCGGAGCAGCUGGAGCGUUCGUGGAAAAAGUAAUCGUCCCUUUUCUGUCAGCGUGCGAACUAAGUGUUUCUCCUUAACAUAUUUUGUAUCAUAUAAAUAAAACACACGAUUCCGAUAAAAUAAUACUCACCCGAAGAACAGUCGAAUUCGAA